AAUAUGCGAAAGUUAGCAACACAUGCUAAAUAGCAAGACGUCUGCGAAUUGUUGUCUUUUUGUUUUUGUCUCCCGUCCUCUGUGCUAUUUCUUUCUAUCUACACGUUCAUAGCUUCUCGCAGGCAUGAAAUGCACUGUUUUUACAGCGUCGCCGCAAAUUAAUUUGGGGGCUUUUCGAGGUGUCUUCGCUUGUUAGCGGCUAACAAAGAGACGCGGAAGUUAGCAUUACGUGCUAAUUGUUGUUCUGCUGAGACAAAAAUGUGUAAAGUUCAAAGUUUGAGAGCGUUAGUGAACGAGCGACUGGCUGCUGUCGUGGAAGAAAUAUUCGUAGUGCUGGAAAGAACGAUAGCGGAGUACGAGGAGGAACUUUCUCGAACAAAAGACGAGAACGAGCGACAACGUCAACUACUGGACGCCGUCUUUAAGCCGCAACUCGUCUUGAACAAAGGCGUCCGUGAAGAAGAACUUCCCCCCGAGCAGCAGGAGGGGCGCUCCAGGGUAAAGCAUGAGAAGCUACAGACGCCCCACAUUAAAGAGGAAGAGCAAGUGUGGGCUCAGGAGGAAGCUGACAUCAGCAAGUUUCCAGUGACUUGUGUGAUUGUGAAGAGUGAAGAUGAAGCUCAGCGGCCACAGCUUCAUCAUAGCCUCGGUGAGGCGAAGAGAAGAUCGGAACCCGACAGUUUCUUAGCUCCGCUGUCAGAUUGUGACGACACAUCGUCACAGUCUCCUGACACUGACGUUGGGGACUCUCAAGCAGAUAUGAUGUGUCACGCCGACAACAAACAAUAUCAGUGUUCCCAUUGUGACAAAACAUUUAACAGCAAAAGUCAUUUAAAGAAGCACAAGCAGUGUCACGCUGUCAACAAACACGUGAAAUGUUCUCAGUGUGACAAAACGUUUGUCAGCAAGUCAACUUUGAAAACACACAUGAGGUGUCACACGGGCGAGAAACCAUUCAGCUGCUCAUUCUGCAGUAAAAAGUUCUCUCAGAAUGGAAAUUUGCUGAAGCACACAAGAACGCACACCGGAGAGAAGCCGUUUUCCUGCUCAUGGUGCACCAAGAGUUUUUGUGAUCGCUCAGGGUUGGCUCAGCAUCAGAAAACGCACACCGGCGAGAAACCGUUUGCUUGCUCGGUGUGCGGCCAACAAUUCUCUAUGAAAGCAAAUAUGAUGACACACACACGAACGCACACCGGAGAGAAACCUUUUGCCUGUUCGGUGUGUGGUCUGAGGGUAGCUCAAAAAAUUCAUUUAACAAUUCACAUGAGGAGACACACCGGGGAAAAACCUUUUUGCUGCUCGUUUUGCGACAAGAGGUUUUCCGACGGUUCGUCGUUGGUUCAACACACAAAGACGCACACCGGUGAGAAGUUGUUCAGUUGCAAAUUUUGCAACAAGAGAUUCACUCGUAAGUUUCAGUUUCACCAUCACAAGUGUGCUGACAGGAAGCAGCAGUAAGUGACGCUGCGAGACUUUAAAUGAGGCGUGAAAGCAAAAAGGACCGUUUGACUUUGUAACAACAUGGACGCUGUAUUUGACCUCGACCCUCACAAACUGUGAAGUCAUGUAGAUGAAGACCUCACAAGGAGCUGACUGGCAUGAUGUCUUUAGGACAUACAUUACAGUGUCCAUGUAAGGACACACUCUUGCCUGCCUGUGAUUGAAAACUACUGUGAAAGUAUUCUAAACAAGGUUAAAUAUGAAUGCAGAAUCUUUUCCAUUUCUAGAUGGUUAGGAAGGUGCUAAUAAUGUGUUUAGAACUAGAACAAUCACAGUAGACAUUUAUUUUAAUUGUCUGUAUUUUGUAAUUUUAGGAUAGCAUAUUGUAGCCAAGCCAAUGGCUAUGAU